AUGCCCAAGUACGGCGGCCCGACAAACACCCCUCCGCCCCAAGGCUACGGCGGGUACAACCCUCCGUUGCAACCCCAGCAGAGCUUCCCGAUGCAAGGCGGCCCGCAGAACUUCCAGCCCUACGGCACGCCGCUGCCCGCCCUGGGCCCGCACCCGGCGCCCGUCGAGUGUCCCGACUGCCACGCCCGCGGCGUGACGGCCGUCGAGUACUCGUCCGGCGGCUUCACCCACACGUUGGCCGCCGUCGUCUGCUGCGUGAGCUGUCUGGGGUGUAUCCCGUACUUGUUCACGUCGUUGAAGGACGCGAGGCACAAGUGCUCCAAGUGCGGUAUUCCUCUGGCGACGUACCACCGUAGUGGAAGGACCGAGGUCCACUGGCACCAGGCCUACAAUGGUUGA